CUGAAAUUUUGUGUUCAUGCAAAAGCUGAUGUGUAAGUGAUUACCUAAACCAGAAACCACCAAGAUGUCCCUCAACAGGGGAAUUUCAAACUGAGUACAAAGGCCUGAACAUUUGUGUGGUUCCCAAAUUCAUACAUUGAAAUCCUAAUCCCCAAUGUGAUGGUGUUAGGAGGCAGAGCCUUUGGAGGUGAUUAGUCAGAGAUCUCCUGAGAAACAGACUCUUUUCUUUUCCUAUCUAUCCAGAAAGAGACUUAUUAGGAGGGAUUGACUCACAUGAUUACCUAGGCUGAAAAGUCCCACAAUCUGCCACCUGCAAGUUGGAGGAGGCCCAGGAAAGCUGAGAACCCAUGAGCCAGUGGUGCAAGUUCCAGGCUGAGUCUGAAGAUCUAAGAACUAGGAGUGCUAAUGCUAGGGGUCAGGGAAGUGGCUGUCCCAGCUUAAACAGAGCAAAGUCAUCCUUUCUCCACUAUUUUGUUCUAUUCAGGCCCUAAACGGAGCAGUGAUUCCACCGGAGCUGGUGAGGUGAGGUUCCUUACUCAGUCUCCACAUCUCUUCCAGAACCUCUCAGAGACACACCCCAAAAUGUUUACCAGCCAUCUGGGCUUCUCUUAACCUAGUCCAACUGAUGCAUCAAAUCGACCAACACCCAAGAUGCCGCUCUUGAACUGCCAGUUCCUCACAGGUUACCGAGAGUGGCGCCUGGCACACCUAGUCCUGAGCUUUAUCACCAUGGGGUAUGUCUGGCAGGACGGAGAGACGCAGCCCAAAGAGAUUCUGCCAAGAAACCUUGCCCUGCCCUUCGUCGAGGUCUCCAAGAACCUGGGGCUCCCUCCUAUCCUUGUUCACUCGGACUUGGUGCUGGCCAACUGGGCUACUAGGAACCCAGGAGGACCCCUGGAAAUCAGGAACUUGGACACCAUUUUCUCAUUCCCUGGAGGAGAAAGCCUGCGUGGUUUUAUACUGGUGACAGUUUUGGUGGAGAAAGCAGCCGUGCCUGGGAUUAAGGCCCUGGUUCAGGCUGUGAAUGCCAUCUUGCAGCCCAGCCCAGAUUCCUUGCUUCAAGCCCUGCAGCGACUGAGGGUCUCCAUUCAGGAUAUCACUGGAGCUCUGGGACAAAUGCACGAUUACGUAAAUCCAGACGUAUUUUAUUCAGUCAUCCGGAUCUUCCUCUCUGGAUGGAAGGAUAACCCAGCACUGCCUGUGGGCUUGGUAUACGAAGGUGUCUCCGAAGAGCCCCUGAGUUACUCUGGUGGGAGCGCUGCUCAGAGCACAAUACUCCAUGCCUUUGAUGAGUUCUUGGGUGUCCGUCACAGCAAGGAGAGUGCUGAUUUUCUGCACAGGAUGAGGGAUUACAUGCCUCCUUCCCACAGGGCCUUCGUAGAAGAAAUUCGCGGGGCUCCUUCCCUGAGGACCCACGUCCUGUCCUCUGGGAAUGGCCAGCUUCUGACGGCCUAUAACCAGUGUGUGGAGAGCCUGGCAGCCCUGCGCACCUACCACCUGGCCCUGGUGACCAAGUACCUCACCACGGCCGCAUCCAAAGCAAAGGCCCGGAGGACCAGCCACCUCCCGAGGCCCCCUCAGGCCCUCGAGGAGAGGGGCACCGGGGGAUCGGCCGUCGUGAGCUUCCUGAAGAGCGUCAGGGACAAGACGCUGGAGGCCUUGCUCCACCCAAGCGGCUGAGGGACCGCCCUCUCCCCGGCAACGCAAACCCAGCAAUUCAGGAGGUCUCUCCUUGUCCUCCUCUCGCUGGUCACGAGCAGACCUGGAGAAUGGGACUAUUCUGUCUGGAAUAAUCUAAAAGGGACCUCGGUGCCAUUCAUGUCCUUGGUCCCCAGAACACCACCUUCUCUUUUACUGAGAACUAUUCACAGAAGAGAGUUUUCAUGGCCUGAAACUUGUUAUUCCCUCUCUAGUUACUGUUUUAUAGCGAACAGCUCUGGAUUACCCCUUUAGAACCACCGCCACCCCCCACCCCCACCAGGAGCAAGUAUACCCAUAGUCUAUUUGUCAAACAAUAGAAACCCAAUCUACAUUUCACUAAUCAAAUAAAAUUGCUUAUGCAUGGA